AUGGACAGAGGGAAGUGGAGUGAGCAAAAGCGAGCACGAACGGAGAACUCGCCAAGCCCAGAUCGUACGAACAACAAUGAUCGCAAACGUCCCAAGAUCGCUGGUCCUUUCGUGAUUGAUUCUGGCUCGGACGAUGAUGAGGAUGAAAAAACAACACAUGGAAGACCGGAACGGGUUCAGGGAAACAAGGGUAUUCUGGCUUUCCCAACAAAACAGAACUUUGAAAGGGAAUCUUCAGUGGCACACAGCCCUAAGAAGCCAUUGCCAAAGAGCAACCAUUCUAAUCGCGAAGAAACUUCGGUGGUUCUAAAUGAGGAGCAUAGAACGGCCAAGAUUCUUCACAAGGACACUGCAUCUCCAUCGGCCGGAGGAACACUAAACGUAAAUCUACUCAAACGGUUGCUUAGCAAAAACGCCAAUAAAUCCACUGUCGCUAGUAACGACCCAGUGCGCAACCGGGAGGCAUCCUCUUUUCCCAAUCCCAAUGCCAAGCGCGUCCAAAUCCAGAACCCAAAUCUGUCCCAACAGAGAGAUGCAAUUAGUCCCAAAGAUGCACCGACAAAUGCGCCAAGAACUGUAUACCAAAUUCCUACCAGCAAGUCCAAGAGAACGGAGAAUACGAAUUUUAGUGUAAACGUGGAUAAAACUUCUAAGGACACACGCACCUCCACUAGACAGCCCGUUGUUUCUAGCGAUCAACCAUUCAACCGUUUCUCUAGAGAUGUUGGCAUACACAGUGCGAACACCUUCCAAGGACGAAGCAGGGAACAAAGCCGUUCGAAAACCACUCCCGGUGAUGCUCAGCGACUCAAAGAGGGCCAUGACGGUAGCAGAACUGUUCCGAUAGAUUCCCAAAAACGUAAUGAGGGUCAGAGAUCAAUCAAGAGUCAAGUUAAUUUGGGGCAUGCUCCUCUGGAUUCUAAGAGGCGGGAUGGAAUUCAACAUAAUCCAAACAUUGCUCAGAAAGAUUCUUAUAGACAAGGCGAGACUCAGAAUCGCCAGAAAAUCGCCUCGAGAGAAUCUCAGCCGGACAUAUCCUCCAACUUACAACGUCCAUCUCGCACAACAGAAGACAAGGCCGGUGAAUCUCGAGGAAUGAAGCGCGAUGCGCCUCGAACAGUCUCAACCGGCAACAUGACUCCAAACAGGAUGCAUUCAUCACCUACUGUGCGCCCUGUAACAGCUAUCAACGAUUUAGAAGGUCGUCCAUCAUCAACGAAAUCGACUACCUCGAUUGCAAAAGGAAAUACAAUGUCUCAAGUCCAGAGGAAGAAAAUACCCCCUCCAACUACGAAGGCAGUCGAUGAUCCAAUACCUGAGUCCAGAAAGCUUAAACACGUACCCAAGGAAAAUGUUAGAGUUCCCUCUCGAGCAGCAAGAGUUGAUGUCAUGGAAGAGGUGCAACCAAUAGUGUCGAAAUCGUCUUAUGCAAUGGAUAGAUAUCAAAAGCGCGAUUCAUCAAAUCCUUCAUCUGAACCUGUUCGAUACAAAGAUAUUGUUGCCAAAAAGCAUCCAGCAAACACCGGAAGCAUCAGGCCCUCUACUGGAAAUUUAAGUGAGCCUACGAAAGAGGCUGGUGCUGCUUCACAAGGCGUCACCACGAGCCAUGUCAACACCAUCCCGUCACAAGAAAUGAAAGAGAAACCACUCAGUGGAGCAAAUGAGGUUUUCGGAGGCCGGUGUACAAGCAUUAUCAGCAACAAUGACUUCAGCGACCAGGAAGAAGCCCAACUGUCUUCCACUGAUAUCUGGAAGAUGGGUGCAGCUUGGAGUCAGAAAAAGGAAAAGGAACCUGCCGUCAGUUCUUCGAUAACAUGCAAUCAAGAGCAUCUCGCUCAAGCACUGAGCAGCGGCUUGCAGGCCGAACCUAAGGAUAAAUCAGGACAAUUACUUACAUCACAUGUUCUUUCAGCGCAGGUCCUUGGUAACGUGGGAGAGGAAAUUGAGCUAACAGAAUGUGAGCAGCGCGACACCCCAGAUCGAAGUGUCAAGAUCUUUUCUGAGAUGACGAAUGAUCCAGAGUGGCCAAUGGACGCUGGUCCAGCAUCACCUAGAGCUAUCCCCUCGGUUGAGAUUGAGGAAAUAGAUGGGCCAGGUGAGGUAAAUGCAGACGUUGGUGCCGUUGAGGAAUAUUCGGACAUGGAUUUGACAUACGAUCCUGAGCACGACAACUAUGCUUCUGAAGUUCUUUACGUCAAGUGCCCCGAAGACGGCCCAAGAGAGUCAGAGGAACCUAUCCCUUUCUUCGAAUAUUCCAUCCGCCAACAGCUCUUCACGGCCAAUGCGGAUCGCAACACAUUUCCUAUCGAGCGGCCUAUUCUCACCUCAUUCAUCUCCCUUGACGAAGCGAAUGCGCAAGUCAUGGCUCUUAUCGAUGCAAUGCAAUCCCACUCCAAUCACUACGGCAUCCAAUACCAAGAGUGGCACCAUCGGCGUGACGAAAACGAUUGCGUAUAUUUCCAAUGCGCUUUCACAACCCCCGCAUCGCCCACAAUCCUAAUGCACCAUGCGAUUUGGGUCAACCGAUACCCCGUUUCCAAGUACGAGCAGCGCCCCAUCCCGUCCAGCCGCGACGCCGCUCCCUUUAUCAGCAAGAGCGUGUUCGUACUCCGCCUAUCACGCCUCGUGCUCCCGGAUGCCGCCGUCUCACUGCCAAGCACCCCAGCAUCACCCAUUCACCACGCGUCCAAGUCGCCUAGCCCAGCAGCCCCGAUUCGCCAAUUCCAUGCUCUUCCUGAAUCCUUUGCUGAGGCUUACACGCUUCUCACCACUGCGAAUUAUUCGGCGAUGAGGUUGCAGGUGCAUCUCAGCCACAAGACGGGUGAUGUGAACGCCGCGGAGCGUUUGUGGCAGGAGAAUGAUAACCAUAGGUUGUAUGACAUGAUCAAUGCAUUGGACAAAGCAAUGCAUGGAUCGAAGGAAAGCUAUUGGCACAGCGUGUUCAAUGGCUUGGACGGUGAGCGAUUCGAGAUUCAGGUCGAUAAGGUCACCUUGUACGGUCCAAGGAAUAUCUAGGCUUGAUGUCAAGAUGAUUGGUGCCUGCGGAGGCGGCACCGGAAUCCUUCAGAGGCGUGCAUUCGGGCGCAGCGAUGAUCGCGGUUUCGGCACGGCUCGAGAACGGUCGAUGCAGCCGAACGGACAUGCACAUUUGACCGGAAUUUGGCUUGUAUGCAGGCCUUUUGUUUGAGUGGGAUGGAAUAAUCUGC